CCAUGACUACUCCGUGCGUGCGUGCGGAUUGACUCGCGCGCACACACAAACGCCACUCCACUCCACCCCCUUCCGUCCGCGUCAGUCCCCCUCGUGCACGGCAGCAGCACCCAGCGGCAUUCAGCGCCGCUCUCGCUCUGCUUUCUUCUCCCUCCUGUCCUGCUCCCCCCUCACCGGUCACCACCUCCGGCCCGUCCUCGAGCUAGCCCGCCAGGCGCGACACCUACGCCGGCCGCUGGGUGGGUGUACGAGAUCUGGUGACCUAGCUGAGCGGAGACGCUCGGCCACCCAUGGGCUGGGCGAGCCGGCGCGGCCUCGCCGCGGCGCUCCUCCUGCACCUCCUCUUCCUCGCCGCUGCCCUCGGUGGGUGCGCCGCGACGAGCCGGUGGAGCGGCGGCGGCGGCGGUAAAGCAGCCCUUGAGCAGUACUCGUGGGUGGAGCCUGCGGAGGAGGCGCGGCGGAGGGAGCUGGUGGGCCCGGGCUCGUCGCCGCCGACGUGCCGGAGCCGGUGCGGGCGGUGCCACCCGUGCCGGCCGGUGCACGUGGCCAUCCAGCCCGGCGUCAGCUUCCCGCUCGAGUACUACCCGGAGGCCUGGCGCUGCAAGUGCGGCGACAGGCUCUUCAUGCCAUGAGCCCAUGACCGUCCGCCCACAGCUCCGUCUGCACAUAUAUGUAUGCCCUUGAUGCUGCUCCCGACUCGGUCCGCCAUUACGGCUGCUUCAGCUCACUCGCGGGAGCUAGCUCUUCAAGGCUACGGCGGCGCGCACAAGGCCAGGAGGUCGAGCACACGCACGGCAACCAGAGGGAUCUAGCUAGAGAAGAAGAAGAGGGAGCAGAGCGCAGAGAGAUCCAUGGAAUCAUGGGAAGAAACCAAACAUGGAGGCUUCCUCCUCGAUGUAUGUAAUAACAUUGUUCAGUUCUUGGAGAUUUUAACCAGUGUGAUGUUGUAAUUAGCUAGCCGGUCGUGUCUUGUCGGGUCCGAAGAGGUGGAGAGAUGGAUCGAGAUUGUUCGUUCACGCGCUCUCUCUCUCUCUGGUUCUUCUCCUUCUCGAGUCGCCAAGGCCAAGCCAACUUCCGGUUUUGAGGAGUGAUUUUCCAAUUAAUUUUCGUCAA